GGCAUGUACAAAUGCAUACCGGACCCUACCCUGCCUACCUAGAUAGGUAUAUAUAUAGGCAACCAACCAAUUAUCAAUGAUUUCAGUCUUCCCCGCUUCCAACUGACACAACAACAUAAUCGAGUUUAGUUUAGGAAACUUUCUGUAAUUGGGUAUUGAAUCAUAUCCUGUGUUGACUAUGCAGCUUCAUUUCUCAUCUGGUACUGCAAGUCUCGUGGGCUUGUCGGUCGCUCUGAUUGUAGUCAUAUGGCUCGCUCAGCUCAUCGGCCGAGGCCUUUCGGUAAGGCUCAAAUUCCGCGCUAUGCGGUCUCGCGGUCUUCCUGUCCCUGAGCCACACUCUUUUCUGUAUGGCCAUAUCCCACUGCUGAAGACUCUAAAGGAAGGCUUGCCAAAUGAUGCACACGACACCUAUGUUCAUAGGAAGCUUACCAUGAAUUGGCCUAAAUAUUUCCCUAACCAGAAGAGUUGCCCUCCUGUAAUUUACUUAGAUCUUUGGCCCCUUGCCUCUCAGCCAUUCAUCUAUGUAACGAGUCCGGAGGCAUGUUUUCAAGUAACCCAGCAGACAGCCCAACCGAGACACCCCAUGUUCUCAUGGGCUUUAUUCCCAGUAACUGGCGGUAAAGACCUGAUAUCUAUGGAUAUGCCGACACAUCGCAUAUGGCGUUCCAGAUUGAACCCGGGUUUCUCACCAAAGAACCUUUUAUCGCAAACCCCUAUCCUUAUUGAGGAGGUGGGUACUUUUGUUCAGCAGCUAAAGGAGAAAGCGGGAACAGAUGGGAAUUUCGGAGAUUUAUGCCAUCUUUACGAUAGGACCGUGGCGUUAACCUUUGAUAUCAUCAUGCGGGUUUCCCUUGAUCUACAGGUCAGAGAACAGACUCGAGGUCCAACGCCGAUUCUUAAAGCGCUAAGAGCAUUGAUCCGUCAUGUCAAAGGUCCAAACAUCUGGUCUGAACUCGAGCGCUGGACGCCGUCAUAUCGCCAGGAUGUUGCCCUCAACUCCAAAAUAUUACGUGAUAGUCUACUACCCCAAAUAAAGUCCCGUUUGCAGCCCGAUGCUAGCAGUGAGAAGACUGUUAUAGAUCUCGCCGUGAAGGAAUACAAGAAUGAGUACGGAAAUGAGAAUCGGCAGCCAAGUCCUGAUUUCAUCGAUACGGUCAUAUCCCAGCUCAAGCUCUUCAUACUCGCCGGCCACGACACAACUGCUCAAGCAAUAUGCUGGGUCUUGUACGAGAUCACCAAGUCCCCCGAAGCUCUCGGACAGAUCCGAGCCGAGCACGACGAAGUCCUCGGCCCGAACGUCAAGCUCGCGGCUCAGAUUCUUUCCGCGGAUCCCCACAAGCUCAACAGCUUGCGGUACACGACGGCAGUCAUCAAGGAAUCGCUUCGCCUUCACCCGAUAGCCUCGACGCACCGCCGUGGAAGUCGCGGUUUCAGCUUUGCCUGCGACGGGACCACCUAUCCUACUGACGGCGCCAUCAUCUGGACGAGUCCGACUGCUAUCCACCUGCGCGCCGACCUGUGGCCACGGGUUAUGGAGUUCCUGCCCGAGCGGUUUAUCGUCGCCGAAGGCCAUCCGCUCCACCCGGUGAAGAACGCGUGGCGGCCUUUCGAGCUCGGGACUACCAAGUGCAUCGGCGAGGAGCUGGCUAUGAUCGAGAUGAAGCUCGUGCUGGCGCUUACCAUGCGCGAACUGGACUUCCACUUUGAUUGGGAGGGUUGGAACGCGCUGCAGGGACGCACAACACCACCGGAUUCUGUGGGUGGAGAACAUAUCUACCGUGUGGGCAGCGGUAUCGGCUCCGUCAAAGACAGGCUACCUACUCGGAUCAAGCUUCGAUAACUUCGUUAGUAGUAUUUUUCAUAGGUGAAAGUAGCCUUGGAUUCGGUAUUUGGACAGACUACCCAGUGAUGCGGAGUUGGUGUCACUAAAUAUGCGUAUCAUUAUGGAUAUCGAUCUGAUUUAUGAUAUCCCUUUAUACUUCUUGGAGGUUUGAGGGAGGUGUACAUUGAAAAGGGGCUCUGAGGGGCUGAGAAAUACGUGCUGCUUACCUAAUGCGAUUCACAUGUAAAAAGCACAGACCAUGUGAUGCUAGGAUGUGCCAAGCUUUCGUAAGGCGUCUUUCGUUUUCUAACUCUGAACAAAAAUGCGAAAAAUUCAAUUCCUGAACCA